UGCCUAAAACUUGUGUGGUUCUGCGGGCCUGCAGCUGGAUAUUAUUGGGUAGUUUGGGUCUGCCUCCAUGUCUGCAGCCUCCCCUUCCUCUCCUCAGAGCGCCACCCCAAACUAGCGAAAGCUGUUGGAGAAACUCAAUACAAAAACAACCGUAAGAAUAGUUGAACCAUUACACAUAAAUGUGAAGAAAUUGCAUAAAGUGAAUGCUACAUUUUCGUUUAAUCUUGUGAUUACGAAAUAACUGUAAAAGUUAACGCGCAUGACCUUACAUAUAUACAACUAUUUUGCCUUUUUUCAGUCAUCCCUAAAUCCUCCUUGAUAUCUGCAACUCGAGUACAGCAUGUUUUUAGGGUGCAUUUUCUGCCUCUCUCUGAAUUUGUUCUUUGCGAUUGCACAAAGAAUCAUCAUCUAGUAAUACCGAUGGCAUAAACCCUGAGAUGUCAAAACUUCUGGACAGAAUGAAAUACAUUGCUCAAAGCUGCAAAGACAUCCGUGACAAGUACCAUGUUACUGAGGAUGGCCUGUACUAUCUGAUCUCUUCAAGAGGAGUCCUUUACCAGACGUUCUGUGACAUGACCACUGCAGGCGGCGGCUGGACGCUGGUGGCCAGUGUUCACGAAAACAACAUGUAUGGAAAGUGUACAGUUGGUGAUCGCUGGUCUAGUGAACAGGGCAGCAAUGAAAACCGGCCUGAAGGUGAAGGCACAUGGGCAAACAAAGUCACAUUUGGAGCCGCAGAGGCCGCUACAAGUGAUGAUUACAAGAAUCCGGGAUACUAUGACAUUGCAGCUCAGGAUGUUUCUGUGUGGCAUGUGCCUAAUAAUAUGGAGUUGGAACACUGGAGCCAAGGGUCCAUCCUCAGAUACCACACUGAAAAUCACUUCCUGACCCUACACGGAGGAAACCUAUUCAAGUUAUUUAUGAAAUUCCCUGUGAGGUUUGGAAUCGGCUCCUGCAACAUUGAUAAUGGACCUGCUGUCCCGAUCGUGUAUGAUAGUGGAAAUGUGGAAUCAACCAAAAAACUCUAUGGUCCUAAUUCGAGAGCAAUAUCUGAGCCUGGAUUCAUCACAUUCAGAGUCCUCAAUACUGAGAAGGCAGCCAUGGCUCUUUGUUCUGGUGUUAAACCGACUGGUUGUCACACCGAACAUUUCUGUAUUGGUGGAGGUGGACACUUUCCUGAAUCUCCUAGACAAUGUGGAGAUUUUACAAGUUUUGACUGGAGUGGCUAUGGCACUAAUGCAGAUUGGAGUGCUUCCAGAGAGAUAACUGAAGCAGCGGUGCUUCUCUUUUAUCGCUGACAGAUCAAACCUUUCUUUCCUUUGUUGUAAUCACAGUUUACCAUUUAACAGGUGGAGAGUUUUUUAAUUGCAAAAGCCGCUAAACACCAUUUCGGCCAAAAAAUGAGCUAAUGACAUUGAAUGAAUGCUUUAGGCAUGUAGUACAUGUUCAAGUAGUACAGUUUUGUUUGAAAUCAUCUAAAUCCCCGGUGAACGCCACUUGCCUUGAGAGACGUACCGCACAACCAAUCCCACCAACCCCCUCUCCCUCCGCUCUUCACUUACCGAUCGUCCCACACCCCACCGACACCCCAUACCCAAACUAUAGCUAUAUUAAACAGCAACUCCAUUUCACGAGAGACGAAGUUAAGAUGCCGUUCUUUUAUCCUGCAUGGAUGCUAUGAAGAUAAUUAAGAGACGAAAAAGAAAUCUUGCAUAUAAUUAGGAUGAAUAAAUGACAGCUCCUGAGGGACAUCCUCUUUUUUGCACACUAGGCCAACAUUGUGUUUCUUUUUCAAAAGCAAGCUAUAUGUUUUAAAAGAUAAAUAUAAUGUAUAAAACUAUACAAUAUUUAUAUUACUUCAAUAAAUUAUUUUUUUAGUAAUGGA